AGCUCGCCGACAGCGCAGCACACCUGCAACAGCAGCAGCAGCAACAGUAGCGCAGGAGCUUUGAGUCAGGGGCCCGCUGCCCCACCAUCGCGGGUCCCCUCCCCCGGGGCUGAUAAUUAACUCGGAGGUUGAAUAAGAAGUGAGCAGCCGGGCGAGUAGGAAGGAUUUGCGGCCACCGCCAUGGACAGUAACACCUGGACCUCGGCGCCCGCAGCCACUGCUGCACCAGUAGAAUCCUAUGAGCGCAUCCGAAAUGCUGCGGACAUCUCGGUCAUCGUCAUCUACUUUGUGGUAGUGAUGGCCGUCGGGUUAUGGGCCAUGUUUUCCACCAAUCGUGGGACAGUUGGAGGCUUUUUCCUGGCAGGUCGAAGUAUGGUAUGGUGGCCGAUUGGAGCCUCUCUCUUCGCCAGUAACAUUGGAAGUGGCCACUUUGUGGGGCUGGCUGGGACUGGAGCAGCUUCAGGGAUCGCCACUGGGGGUUUUGAAUGGAAUGCCCUGGUUUUAGUGGUUGUGCUGGGCUGGGUGUUUGUUCCCAUUUACAUUAAGGCUGGAGUGGUAACAAUGCCAGAGUACCUACGGAAGAGGUUUGGAGGCAAGAGGAUUCAGAUCUACCUUUCUGUUCUGUCCCUGCUGCUCUACAUUUUUACUAAGAUCUCGGCAGACAUCUUCUCUGGGGCCAUAUUCAUCAAUCUGGCUUUAGGUCUGGAUAUAUACUUGGCCAUCUUUCUCUUAUUAGCAAUCACUGGACUUUACACAAUCACAGGGGGCCUGGCAGCUGUGAUCUACACGGACACCUUGCAGACAGCAAUUAUGCUGGUGGGGUCUUUUAUCCUGACUGGGUUUGCUUUCCACGAAGUGGGAGGGUAUGAAGCCUUCAUGGAAAAGUACAUGAAAGCUAUUCCAACGGCAAUUUCUGAUGGAAACACCACCAUCAAGGAAGAAUGCUACACCCCGAGGGAGGACUCCUUCCAUAUCUUCCGAGACCCCCUCAAGGGAGACCUCCCAUGGCCUGGGCUCAUCUUUGGGCUGGGCAUCCUUGCCUUGUGGUACUGGUGCACAGAUCAGGUGAUUGUACAGCGCUGCCUCUCAGCCAAGAACAUGUCUCACGUGAAGGCCGGCUGUACCCUGUGUGGGUACCUGAAGCUGCUGCCCAUGUUCCUCAUGGUAAUGCCAGGAAUGAUCAGCCGCAUUCUGUACACAGAAAAAAUUGCCUGUGUCCUUCCCUCAGAAUGUAUAAAAUAUUGUGGCACCCCAGUUGGCUGCACCAACAUCGCCUACCCAACCUUGGUGGUGGAGCUCAUGCCUAAUGGAUUGCGAGGCCUGAUGCUGUCGGUCAUGAUGGCUUCUCUCAUGAGCUCCCUAACUUCCAUCUUCAACAGUGCCAGCACCCUCUUCACCAUGGACAUCUACACGAAGAUCCGGAAGCAAGCAUCUGAGAAAGAGCUGAUGAUUGCAGGAAGGUUGUUCAUUCUCUUACUGAUUGGCAUCAGCAUUGCCUGGGUGCCCAUUGUGCAGUCAGCACAGAGUGGGCAGCUCUUUGAUUACAUCCAGUCCAUCACCAGUUACCUGGGACCACCCAUCGCAGCUGUCUUCCUGCUUGCUAUUUUCUGGAAGAGAACCACUGAGCCUGGAGCCUUCUGGGGACUCAUCCUAGGAUUUCUGAUUGGGGUUUCCCGUAUGAUUACUGAGUUUGCCUAUGGAACUGGGAGCUGCAUGGAGCCCAGCAACUGUCCCACCAUUAUAUGUGGGGUACACUACUUGUAUUUUGCCAUUCUCCUCUUUGUCAUUUCUGUCAUCACCAUCGUGGUCAUCUCCCUCUUCACCAAGCCCAUUCCAGACGUGCAUCUCUAUCGUCUGUGUUGGACCCUGCGCAACAGUAAAGAGGAGCGUAUUGACCUGGAUGCAGAAGAGGAGGACCUCCAAGAAUCCCCAAAGGAUACCAUUGAAAUAGACACAGAAGUGCCUGAGGAGAGAAAAGGGUGCUUCAGGCGGGCCUAUGACCUGUUUUGUGGGCUGGACCAGAAGGGACCCAAGAUGACCAAGGAGGAGGAGGCAGCUAUGAAGAUGAAGCUGACAGACACCUCGGAGAAGCCUUUGUGGAGGACAGUAGUGAACAUCAACGGCAUCAUCCUGCUAGCUGUGGCUGUUUUUUGCCAUGCAUACUUUGCCUGAGCCCUACCUUCUGCUGUAGACUCCACAAGGCUGGAAUCUUCAUCUCCCUUCAGUCCCAUUCUGUGGCAUUGAAGGGAAACCAGAUAGUUGUAAAUUUUUCCUAGUUGGAUAAAUAUGUAUAUGUGUAAUUAUAGACUAGCUGAAGGAAAAUCAUUAUUUUGCCAUUAACUUAUGUAUUGAAACCAGUGUAAUACAUUCAUCUGUACAAAGUAGAGUCACAGAGGGAAAGUUUGUUCAGUCAUAUCCAGAAAAAUCAGACUAAGAAACAGAAGUCCUGUGGUGUCUAUUGCAAGUCUGUCUCAGGUAGAUUCAGUGUGUCUACAUUGUAAUCCUUGAAUAUUAUUUUUAGAGUUUUGCUCUGUUUCUAACCAUAUCUGAACACCUUUUUUUUUUAAGAAAAUUUUAUCCCACCAUCAUAUAACUCUCAAUUUUUUUAUAGUGCAAGAAAUAUCAAUCUGACAAACCAAUGGAUACACAGAAGCUGGGGAUGGGAACUUGAUAAAGUCCCUGUCCUGGGCAUUUGCUCUUUAAAGCAAAGGCCUCAGAAAAGGGAAGGACCCAGGCCCAAGGCUCAAGCCAGUGGGGAAAUUAGAUAAUCUUGAGUCCAGGGAAUUUUUUGUAUUUUUAAAGAUUCCCCUUGUGUGCUCCUCAUGUUUGGGAUUCUACUCAUUUUGACAUUCAAUGUUCCUAGAAUGUUUUAGCCACUUGGAAAUUUUUAUUUAUUUAUUUUUGUCUAAAUGAAUGAUAGCAGCCUUUAUUUACAGACACUUUUCUGGUCCUUGGUUAACCAUUUUUGUGUGUGUGUGUGUGACUGUAGAAACUAUACCCUCUGGUGAUUAUAAUGAACUUGAAUGCAUUUGACAGAGGCAGCUUUGCUUCAUGGUGCUGAUGUGGACAUAUACGGGCUUAGAAGCUGGCACUGUCACUUGACAGAGAAAAUGCACCUGUCAGGGUAUCUGUCAUCUCAAUACCACUGUAUUCUCAAAAAAACAUUGAAAUCAUUAGCCUGGGAUCCUUCAUGAGUUCAUGUGACCACAGCUGUUCUUUAUCAGGCAUCUUGAUUGCAAAUCAUCUAUUGACAAAGGUUAAAGUGCAUGGUCUCUGUUCCAGGUGGAGGUGCUCAAUGCUUCUAGGUGAAAACAAUGUACUUUUCAUUGAAUUGAUUUGCUAGCGGGAAAUCAUUUUUAUUUAAUUUUAAUUUAAUUAAUUUUUAAAAUUCUACCUGUGAAAUCUUAUUGAUAAUAUGUUCCUAUUGAAGUUCAAUUCAACUUGUUAGUAUUGACUGAUUUCAGGGUAGCUUGGAAAAGAGCUGAGGGUGGGUCUUGAGAAUAGAAGAAGUAGCUUGACACUAACAGAUGGCUUACUCUUGUGGAAGAGAAGAAACCCAGUGAGCACUCUUAAAGUGCAUUCUUAAUCUGAGCAAAGAAGAGGGGAAAGUGGAGACUUUUACAUGGCUAGCAUUACUCAGAGGAUUGUCUUGUGUGGAGUUUGUGGUAAGUUUUGAGCUUGGAUAGGGUAAAAGGAGAGGAUUGAAAGCUAGCGGAUGAAAUGGAAAGUGCCUUGGAUUUUGUUUCUGGUUUAACCAACGAUUUAUUGUAUAUAUCAUGGUAAAUUAUUUUGUCUCAACUGUGUAUUUUUCUCUUUGAAAGAUGGACAACUUCGUGUUUAUAGCAUCUCCCUGCCUCCUUUGGUAUAAAGAAGGCACUUUGAAAAGGGGAUGGGAGAUCAUACAUGAAAGAUGCCAUACAGAUGCUAUAUUAAGCUGUAUUACAGUCUCAUCAGUUAAAUGUGUUCAGCAAUAAUAAAAACAUUGAAACCUCUAACAUCCAGAGAGUAUAGAUAAAUACAUAACUGGGUAGCACAAGGUAUGGAUUAGGAGCAGGAGGCCAAGAUAGUUAAGGAUAAAAUCUGGCAAAUUAAACAAUUUCUUUUAAAUGUAACUCAAGCUGGGCAUGGUGUUGCACUCAUGUAGUCCCAGUUACUAGAGAGCCAAAGGAAGGAGCAUCAUUCGAGCCCAGGAGUUUGAGAACAACCUGGGAAACAUAGUGAGACCCCAUCUAAAAAUGUAGCUAAGAAUGAAAAUGAUUUUCAAAUGCAAGCCUCUAGUACACAUGAGGUGAGUAGCUCUGCCUACAUAAUGUCCUGCUAAAGUAAACUGCUACUUGGGUAACCACAGACUGGUAACUGAUAAUUUAUACUUGAAUUAUUUCAAGAUAGUAUGAAGAGCUAUUCUUUUUCUCAAAUUAAAGAUUUUGUUAUAUAUGGGACAGAAUGACUGCUUAUUAAUGCUCACUUUAUAAAACUGAAAAAUCACAGUUUACUGGGCCAAAAAGCUUCUUUAAAUACAGAUGAUAAUGAAAGGCAGAUCUCCUUCCCUGAAGAAUGAAGUGGAUCCUGAACCUACCUAGGAGCACUGUUUACUUCUCUGUAGCUGAGUCAGACACUAAUGUUCACUUAGGGACUGUUUUACCUUUGGGACCCACAGGAAUCCACUCUUUGAUGAUACUGAAAUCACCAUCUCCUUAAUGAUAUAUGGUUGCUUCACAAAAGCAAACCUGGAGAGAAAAUCAUAUGUGUGUGUGGUUGGUUGGAGGAGAGGAGUCUAUUAACAUUUCCUCUCAUCCCACUCCAAGAUAAUCACACCUAACCUCCAGAUUGUGAUUUGGUGCAUGAAGUUGUUUGAGUGAGGUAUCAUUCACUGUUUUACUAUGUUGGUGGGAAUGGAAUUAGGGAGGUGUGGAUGAAGUCAACAGGGCUGGCAUGGUUUGGCUCUUUAUGAGGGUUGCUGGUGAGUGUCCUUUUUGUCCCAGAGCCUCGCAUUGCCUCCCUAACCCCAAUAUUUUAGUCCUAAGGGCAACUCGUACUAAAAAACUACGUUCAUAUAUGAAUACAUGACCAGUGAAAUUCCACAUCAUGGCUCUAAGAAUGGGAUCUUAAUUAAAGUUAUACUCCAUGUAUAUAUAAUAUGUCAAAAUGCAUCCUGCAAUCAUGUGUAUCUAAAAAGAACAAAUAUAAAAACAAGUUAUUUAAUACAAUUCAUCUCUUGCUUGGAAAUCCGUUAGCAAAUACUCAUCUGUUAAAGGGGUCUUCUCUACACAAGUGCUUGCAGCACUUACACAUGAAUUUCAGAAUCGACGAGCUUAGAGAGUCAUGGUUCUCAAACUAGAUUGCAUCAGAAU